AUGAUGCAGUGCGCAAGGACGUCCGUUCUCUUCUCCGCCCGGCGACACUUCUCCGCCUCGGCCGUUGCCCGCUCGCACAUCGGCUCGACCCCCAUCGUCGUCCCGCCAGAGGUCUCCUUCGCUCUCGACCCCUACAGCCGCGAUCCUGAGCGCGAUGAGAUCCCCCUCAUUAUAACCGGUCCCAAGGGCGUCGGCAAAGUUGCCAUUCCGCCAUUUGCGCGCCUUGAGCUUGUCGAAGAGGGCAGGAAGCUCGAAGUUCGCGUCGAGGACACCACCGAGAAGCGCCAGCGCCAGAUGUGGGGUACUCUUCGCUCUCUUAUAAAUAAUCACGUUAUGGGGGUUACUAUCGGCCACUCCGUCAUCCUCACCCUCACGGGUACCGGUUACCGUGCCGAGCUGCUCGGUGGCGGCCGGAAAAUUAGUGUCAAGGUUGGACAGACCGGUGCUACGCUUCUCAACAUCCCGGUAGGCAUCAACGCCAUCUGCCCACAGCCGACUCGUGUACUGCUCAAGGGCUCCGACAAACAGCUCGUCACUCAAUUCGCUGCGACAAUUCGAGCAUUGAAGCCUCCAGAGCCUUACAAGGGCAAGGGUAUUUUCGUGAACAACGAGACUAUCAAGCUGAAAAGCAAGUCCGUCAAAUAA